UCGAGUCGAAGCUGCGGUGCGGGCCCUGGGCGAGCCCGCGGCCGCCUCCGCGCCCGUGCUGCGUAUACCCCCGGGCGACUCCGCCCCCUGCGGCUAAUGCGGCUCGGACCCGGGCUGUGGCGGGAGGGAAGAUGCCACAGCCUGAGUCCCGGAGAGCCGGGCUACUGCGCUGCCGGCGUCGCGGUGGUAUAACAAAAAGUGAUUAAGGACGUAGGUUUGACAUCAGAUGACCGGGAUUCAAAUCUCAGUUUCUCCACUUCCUAGCUGUCUGUCUUUAAAGCAAGUUACUUAAUUUCUCUAAGAUCAAGAGGAUAAGAAGGAAAUUGAAAAUGUCCCCUCAGCUAUGCUAGGUCUAUCAUGGGAAGUGUCACAGUUCGAUAUUUCUGUUACGGAUGCCUUUUUACAUCUGCGACCUGGACGGUUUUGCUUUUUGUGUAUUUCAACUUCAGUGAAGUGACUCAGCCACUUAGGAAUGUGCCCAUCAAGGGGUCUGGGCCCCAUGGACCUUUCCCCAAAAAGUUCUAUCCCCGUUUCACUCGAGGUCCAAGUCGAGUAUUAGAAUCACAGUUCAAAGUAAACAAAAUUGAUGAUAUGAUAGAUAAUAAUCAUAUUGAAGAUUCAGAAAAAGACAACGUGAAAUUCUCUUCUGAAUUGGGUAUGAUUUUUAAUGAGCGUGAUCAGGAGUUGAGAGACUUGGGCUAUCAGAAGCAUGCCUUCAAUAUGCUCAUCAGUAACCGCUUGGGCUACCACCGAGAAGUGCCAGAUACAAGGAAUGCAGCAUGUAAAGACAAGUCUUACCCCACAGACCUGCCAGUUGCUAGCGUUGUUAUUUGUUUCUACAAUGAAGCCUUGUCUGCCUUGCUCCGGACCGUGCACAGCGUCCUAGACCGCACGCCAGCCCGGCUUCUUCAUGAAGUUAUCCUUGUGGAUGAUGACAGUGACUUUGAUGAUUUGAAAGGAGAACUAGAUGAAUAUGUCCAAAAAUACCUCCCUGGAAAAAUUAAAGUAAUAAGAAAUACAAAGCGUGAGGGAUUGAUUCGAGGAAGAAUGAUCGGAGCAGCUCACGCAACAGGAGAAGUCCUGGUGUUCCUGGACAGCCACUGUGAAGUGAAUGUGAUGUGGCUGCAGCCCUUACUGGCUGUCAUCCAGGAGGACCGGCGGAUGGUGGUGUGCCCGGUGAUCGACAUCAUCAGUGCUGACACGCUUGCCUACAGCUCCUCCCCUGUGGUGCGGGGAGGAUUCAACUGGGGCCUGCACUUCAAGUGGGACCUCGUUCCCCUUUCCGAGCUCGGAGGACCAGAAGGAGCUACCGCACCAAUAAAGUCGCCUACCAUGGCUGGAGGACUGUUCGCCAUGAGCAGACGGUAUUUCAGUGAGCUUGGACAGUAUGACAGUGGCAUGGAUAUCUGGGGAGGAGAAAAUUUAGAAAUAUCAUUCCGGAUUUGGAUGUGUGGAGGUAAACUCUUCAUCAUCCCUUGCUCUAGAGUCGGACAUAUUUUCCGGAAAAGGCGGCCAUAUGGUUCUCCUGAAGGCCAGGACACCAUGACACACAACUCCUUGAGGCUGGCAUAUGUUUGGUUGGACGAAUACAAGGAGCAGUAUUUUUCCUUAAGACCUGAUCUGAGGACCAAAAGCUAUGGAAAUAUCAGCGAGCGUGUUGAAUUGAGGAAGAAAUUGGGUUGUAAAUCAUUUAAAUGGUAUUUGGAUAAUAUUUACCCAGAGAUGCAGAUUUCUGGGCCCAAUGCCAAACCCCAGCAACCCAUUUUUAUCAAUAGAGGGCCAAAACGUCCCAAAGUCCUUCAGCGUGGACGGCUCUAUCACCUCCAGACCAACAAGUGUCUAGUGGCCCAGAGCCGCCCAAGUCAAAAGGGAAGCCUAGUAGUGCUUAAGGCAUGUGACUACGGUGACCCAAAUCAGGUCUGGAUUUAUAAUGAAGAGCAUGAAUUGGUUUUAAAUAAUCUCCUCUGCCUGGAUAUGUCCGAAACUCGCUCCUCAGACCCGCCGCGACUCAUGAAGUGCCAUGGGUCAGGAGGAUCCCAGCAGUGGACCUUUGGGAAGAAGAAUCGGCUGUACCAGGUGUCAGUUGGACAGUGCCUGAGGGUGGUUGAUCCACUGAGUCACAAAGGCCAUGUCGCUAUGGCAAUCUGCGAUGGCUCUUCCUCACAGCAGUGGCAUUUGGAAGGUUAAGGUGGACGCCACGGCUAGAAUGGUGAUUCGUUAUGCGUAUCCUGUGGAGAGACAGCAGAUGGCUAAAGGUGGGAGCACCGAGUGACCGUUAGCAGGCGAAGAAGGGUGUUUCACCAAGACACUGAGGUCAUUUCUGAGCUGCUGUUAAGGAAUUUCUUGCUCGUAGUAGGAAACCAGAUUGCAAUUUUAACUCUGUAAAGAGUCAGGUUUGUACAAAAGGACAAAACCCUGGAAAUUGACGUGUCUAUUCAAAUUAAUUUAUGCUUCUUUUUAAUCUCCUUUAAUAAUGGAAUGGUGUUUAUCUGAUCAGGAACUUGUGAUUUCCUUUCUUAGAAGACUUCAUAGGAGACAGUUAAUUUUUUUUUUUUACUUCUAUUUUCAUGUUCUAAAUAGAUAAUUUUAAACUGGUUGAAUCCACAUUACUUUUAACUUCAGAAGACAUCAUUUAUGAGAUUAUAUUUAAGAGGCAGUUAACUAUUAUAAAUUAUUUUGAUGAUUUAUGGUAUUAUCUACAUUUAAAAUAAAAGAUCUUUUUG